CUCCCGUCAGGCGCGUUGCCUCCCGCUGACCUCUGACAGCAAACACGGAAGCAGCAUGGCGUCCAGCAGCAGCAGCAGCAGCGCACAGCACAGACUCCGCAUCAUAGUCGGACAUUUGCAGAGACCAGUGGAGGAUGAAAACGCAGGCAUCGCUGCACAGGAGUGCAAAGCCGAGAUCUCCGAAUCCAACCCGAGCCGCCCGCCACCUGUACCGAAGAGGAGGCAGGAGACUAUGAAAUGGAAUGGCUGGGGUUACAGUGACUCUAGGUUCUUGUUUAAUAAAAAAGGUCAAGCUGAGUUUACAGGGAAAAGAUAUCGGGUGAGUGGCCUGAUUAUGCCGAGUUUAAAGGACUGGUUUGAGGGAACGUUUGGAGCAAGUCUACAGCAUAAAUCUCUCGCUACACCCACAGUGAAUUUAAGUGCAGUACCCCCUCCUAACCUGAACGAGCCAUUCAUCGAGGACCUAAAAGCUGGGGGCGUGGCCCUGUCACAUGAUCCAGAGGAUCGGAUCUUUCGUGCUCAUGGUCACUGUCUGCAUGAAAUCUUUGCUCUGCGUGAAGGGAGGAUUGGACGAGUGCCGGACAUGGUGGUUUGGCCGAGUUCUCACAGUGAUGUAGAGAAGAUUGUGGAACUUGCCUGUAAACAUAACGUCUGUCUGAUACCCUUCGGAGGUGGUACGAGUGUGUCCAGUGCUCUAGAGUGCCCCCAAGAGGAGACUCGCUCCAUUGUGUCUCUGGACACAUCUCAGAUGAACCGAAUAUUGUGGCUGGAUGAGAAGAAUCUAACGGCUCAUGUGGAGGCAGGAAUCAUUGGACAAGAACUAGAGAGACAGUUAAAUGAGCGAGGUUACUGUACGGGUCACGAGCCAGACUCUAUGGAGUUCAGUUCUCUGGGCGGAUGGGUGGCCACAAGAGCAUCGGGCAUGAAGAAAAACAUCUACGGUAACAUCGAGGACCUGGUGGUGCAUAUAAAGAUGGUGACUCCCAGAGGAGUGAUUGAGAAAAGCUGUCUGGGACCCCGCAUGUCCACUGGACCUGACAUACAUCACUUCAUACUGGGCUCUGAAGGAACUCUGGGAGUGGUGACUGAAGUUACACUGAAGAUCCGGCCCGUUCCUGAAUAUCAAAAAUACGGCUCUAUCGUCUUCCCAAAUUUCCAGCAGGGUGUUGCGUGCCUGAGAGAGGUCGCCAGACAGAGAUGUGCUCCAGCAUCUAUUCGACUUGUGGACAAUGAUCAGUUUCAGUUUGGUCAUGCACUCAAACCACAAGUGUCCUCCAUAUUCACCUCAUUUUUGGACGGAUUGAAAAAGUUCUACAUCACAAAGUUUAAAGGAUUUGAUCCACACCAGCUAUGUGUCGCUACUCUGUUGUUUGAAGGGGAUCGUGGGAAGGUUUUGCAGCACGAGAAACAGGUUUACGACAUUGCAGCCAAAUUCGGGGGUCUUGCUGCAGGUGAAGAUAACGGUCAGAGAGGAUACAUGCUGACGUUUGUGAUUGCAUACCUACGGGACCUGGGCAUGGACUACUAUGUGAUUGGCGAGUCAUUUGAGACAUCUGUGCCGUGGGACAGGGUUUUGGACUUGUGCAGGAAUGUGAAGGAGAGGAUUGUGAGGGAGUGUAAGGAGAGGGGUGUACAGUUUCCACCAUUCUCCACAUGCAGAGUUACACAGACGUAUGACGCCGGUGCUUGUGUGUAUUUCUAUUUUGCCUUCAAUUACCGAGGCCUGAGUGAUCCGGUUCACAUCUAUGAACAAGUGGAGCAUGCAGCCCGAGAGGAAAUUCUGGCCAACGGGGGAAGUUUGUCUCACCAUCAUGGAGUGGGAAAACUCCGGAAGGAAUGGAUGAAAGAAAGCGUGUCCAGUGUGGGUCUCGGCAUGCUGAAGUCGGUGAAGGAGUUUGUGGAUCCUCAGAACAUUUUUGGGAACAGAAAUCUGUUGUAAUUAAACAAAACACCUUUUUUCUCUAUGAUCACGUAGUCAUAUUUGAUUAAAAUGACAUAUUAUAUAUUCUUUAUGUGUGCACAGUUCUACGAUAAAACAUUUUUUGUUUUCCGUUCACACUAUGGUGUUUUUGUUUGGUAUAAGUGUUUGGUAUUAAUGAUCUUCACUGAGGUGUGACAGGGCUCAUGGGGUCACCUGCCUCAUCAUCUCAUGACAUCAUUUCUCUCUGGUCUUCCCAUUUUUCAUUUGAUAUGCAAUUUUACCUUAAGGCAUUUUGUCGUAUAGUUACAAAAAUAUUUUAUUUAUUUUUUCGUGUUCAUGGACAUGAUUUUCUUUUUUUGUCACUCAGUCACUCGUGUCUUUUUUAUUGUUUUUUUUUUUCUUUUUUCAUUGUCGCUUGGGAUUAGAUUUGGUGUGUGGGUUAGGAUGUCUGAAAUGUAGCAAAUUUGUGCUAACCCCAAGCAACAAUAGUAAAAAAAUUGAGAAAACAAUACAUCAAAUGACACGAAAAGAAAGUCAUGAUAUGGACACAAAAAACUAUUUAUAGAAAUGUGUGCUCAAUUUACACAAAAUAAGCAGAAAAUUGUGUCCAUGAAGACGAAUAAAUAAAUCAAAUAUUUUGUGACUAUACCACAACUUGCCUUGAGAUUAGGUUGCGAUAUAACAGAUUUUAAUACAGUAACGUCUGAAUGCUGCUGUGUUUGGCACUACUGUCAUGUUUAACUUUAGUACAUUCAAUGUGACUGAUCUAUGCUUUUAAAACAGUGUGCCUUCUGUCUGUCUGACUGACAUCCAUGUUUACUCUUUUUUUUUUUUUUACUCUUUCGUUUCUCUUAAAAAUGCACAAAUUCUCUUUAGUAUAACAAAUGUAUAAAAAAAAUGUUUGAACAAUUACCUUGAGUAAAAACUUGACUGCUGAAAUGCAAAAAAAAUCCUAAUGGUCCUAAAAUAUGAAGUGUAAAUGAUCAAAAUAAUUUUGGUUUUGAUCUGAAAUAUGACCCACACAUUUCAUCAGUUGUUUUUGUGCGAUUCGUUUUUUACAGGUGCCUCAGAUUAGACAUUAAACACCUCACACAUUGAUUAUGUAGUGUUAAGCGAGUGUUCAGCAGUCUUAAAGGGAUAGUGCACCCAAAAAUGAAAAUUCUGUCAUCAUUUACUCACUCAUAUUGUUACAAACCUGUAUAAAUGUCUUUGAUCUGAUGAACACGAAGGAAGAUAUUUUGAGGAAUGUUUGUCACCAAACCAUUCAUGAGCCCCAUUCACUUCCAUAGUAGGAAAAAUAAUACUAUUGAAGUGAAUAGAGCUCAUGAUCAUUUGGUUACAUUCUUCCUAAAUUUAUACAGGUUUGUAACAACAUGAGAGUGGGUGAACCAUCCCUUUAAAGUCCUGACAGAGGUUUUGGAUCGGGUUUUAUGAAAUGUAUGCGAGUGAUCUUCUUUAUUUCAAAUCUUUCUCCUUGUGUUCCUACCAAAGACUGUCAGCUUUUUCAAAGACAGACUGCUUCACAUCUGUACAUCCUGUAUAUAAACCUGUGUUUCUGAGUGAUCACUGAAGAGUCAUCAUGAUAAAUUGUAUUUUUUUAAAACAACAUAUGCAAAAAUCCAGAAAUGAUCUGAACUCGGAUCUAAAACAUUAUCUGUGACUGUUACAUCAUUUGAAUUCUUUUAUUUUUUAUUUUUUCCUGAGGAGAGAGUGAGACUAAAGCCGUAUAUUUCUCACCCAAAAACUGUUCCCAUUUACUCAAUUUCUUCUGUCAAACACAACAUUGAUGUUUGUUUAUGAUCCAGAAAUCACACUAAGUAUCAUAUAAGUCUGUCUUUGUGAGUCAUACGUUCGCUUUGUGUCAGAAACAAACAUGAAUUUAAGGUCGCUUUGUGCUGGAAAACUUUGGUAGGGGUUAAUUUAUGGGCAUUUUUGUCAUUUAUGGAGCUCAACAGCAUCUUUCCUUAAUCGCUUUGGAAAAAUAUCAUUCAGAUGUUUUCGAAUGUCAAAGAGGUCAAACAUAAAUUAUGGGAUUUUGUUUAGUAUAUGUAUUCUUUUAUAUUAGACUUUGAUUUAAGUUAGAGAGCGAGAGAAAGAGAUGUAAGAGUGCAGAUGUGAUAUAUUUUUUGUAUUUUUGUAGCUUUUUAAAAUCACAGGGCUUUAGUCUCACUUGGUGGCACUUUCUUAAUGUUUAAGCCUAAACAAAUCAUCAAAUAUCCAGGCAGACUAAGCCCCGCCCACUUUUGUUACAAGCCACCCCUCUUUCCUGUCUAACAGAGCUUUCUCAAAUGACACUGACAUUUAUAAAAUGUCAGAAGAGCUUUAUCGUUUGUGUUAUGUAUCCAUAUGUAAAUCCCUCUGUGUUACUGAGCUGUUUUUGUGUUGCUGAAACUCAUAAUGAAGGAUCAAGAGGGGGUUUGCAUCUCCUCUGUGUUCUUGAAGGGUUUCAUCAUCACUCAUCAUGUUUCACUAUGACAAGAGUUGAAAAAUAAAGUGUAUUAACAGAUUUAAAUCUGAAUUAUGUUAAAAACUACUGUCCUUGUUUUCUCACAGAUUUCUUGGUUGUGUGUUUAAUAUCAGAGUAAAUUUUGUCAAAGCUGUUUUGUGCAAUAAAUUUACAUGUUAGAAUA